AACAAUUCUGUUGCCAUUCGAGAGAAAAUGAAGUAUUUCUUACUGAUGUUCGUUUUUGCGUUUGCUAUUAUUACAUUGGAUGCGCUUCGUUGCUUUGAAGGCUAUAGAACGUUUCUCAAUUUCGAACAUGAUGAUCCCGAAGAGGGCUUUCAAGAGGUGCAAUGCGAAGGAUCCGGAUAUUGCGCUGAAUGGGAUUUCCAAUCAGUUUCAGACAAGUACAACAUCUCAGCGAAUGUGAGAGGAUGCGAAAAACAAAUGGACCGCUUAAUGGGUUUCACCAAUUGCAAAAAACUGGAUAGCGAUGAAGACGGGAACGGGUACAUGGAGAUUGGAAAAGAAAUUGGAGUGAAAGUUCGCUGUUGCAAUACUGAUUUAUGCAACGAUCCGGAAGCGAAAACUGCAAUUGCAAAUGAAGGAUCGAAGACAAAUCCAAACGCUGUGACUGUUGCUGAAAGUAGCCCAAUGAGACCUUUAAUAUGUUAUUCUGGUACGGAACCGAAUGAACGCAUAGGAAAUUUCCCACCAGAGGAUAAAUACGAAACGAGGAACUGCACUAAGUCGAAUUAUUGCGUUGACUGGUCAGGCAUAUCACACUCACUUAAUAAGGAACGCUACGCGAAAGCCUGUCAAGGCGAAUUCGAAGCGUUACCGGAUUUCGAUAGAGAAAUUGAUUGCAAGGACUUGAUCGAAAAUGGUAAUGGAUGCACAGAAGUUGAAGAGGGCUAUCGCUAUGACACACAAUGGUGCUGUUGUGCGUCAGAUCUGUGCAAUGAUAAAGGAAUAAAAUUUGAACCGAUUUAUAUCGAGGCUCAAUAA